AUAUGCCUAUGAUCUUUCACAUGUAUCCCGUUGGCUUCCAGAAGGUGAGGGAUGAUAGCCAUUUCAAGUGAGAGGAAUGCUGGUACUGCGCUUUUUUCGCAGUUGCACGGCCUAUAUCGAGUUGGGAGUCGCCUCAAAAGUGGUCGACGAGCAACAACAUUCACUGUGUUUGAGGUUUAUAUCACGGACGAUAUACAUAAAUGACGUUACGAUAAGUCCUCUGUCAGCAACACUCGGCAUCGGUUCCAUACCUCAAAUCCGCGUUUUUGCCGUGCCGUGGGUUGUUGGUGUCAGCCGGCUUAAUAGUCUCUUUCUGAUCUUCUCUUCUAUGUUUAAUUGACAUUACGAAUGGCGUUCGCCUGACUCCACCGUGCUUUAUAAGAGUCGGGCCAACCUCAAUGCCCACAACCUCUUCUGUCCCUAACCAUGAGUCAAACUUUCAGCUACGAUUUUGAUACACCCACCUUCAAGGGCACCACCAAAGUCCACACUGGUCUCUUCAUCAAUGGAAAGUUUGUUGCCCCCGCCGAAGGCGGUUCUAUCGAAGUUGUCAACCCAGCCACCGGGAAAACAAUUACAUCCGUUGCUGCUGGUACGAAGAAAGACGUCGACCUCGCCGUCAAAGCAGCCAAGGAGGCCUACAAGAAAUCGUGGGGCCUCAAGUGUCCUGGUUCUGAACGGGGACGGCUCCUUUCUAAAUUCGCAGAUCUCGUGGAACAGCAUAUUGAUGAAUUGUCUGCCCUAGAGACAUUGAAUGUCGGGAAACCAUUCCUGGUCGCUAAAACCCUGGAUGUUACCAGCGUGGUCGCCGUCCUGAGGUACUUUGCUGGCUGGGCAGACAAGAUUCAGGGGAAAGUUAUCGAAACUAAUGCAGAUAAGCUAAGUUACACUCGCCACGAACCCUACGGCGUUGUGGGGCAAAUCAUACCCUGGAACUACCCUAUGUUGAUGGCGGCUUGGAAACUCGGCCCAGCGCUUGCUACUGGAAAUACUGUCGUUCUGAAGCCAUCCGAAAUAACACCAUUAACUGCUCAACGUCUAUCUGACUUCAUCAUCGAGGCAGGAUUCCCACCCGGCGUUGUCAAUAUCGUAAAUGGCUACGGUAACACAGUUGGCCAGGCAAUCAGCGAACAUCCGGACAUCUCCAAGGUUGCUUUCACCGGAAGUACCGCCGUGGGAAGGAAGAUCCAAGAAGCGUCAGCCAAAUCGAACUUGAAAGCCGUCACUCUUGAGCUUGGAGGGAAGAGCCCGUGUAUCAUCUUCGACGAUGCAGACAUCGAACAAGCAGUGAAAUGGGCGACCUUGGGUAUUUUCUCUAAUGCGGGUCAAAUAUGCGCAGCCUCGUCUCGAAUCCUCCUCCAAGAAGGCAUCUACGAUGCCUUCGUUGAAAAAUUCACCGCGGUCGCGAAGAGUCUGCAGCACGUAACGGGCGACCCCUUCCUCGCCGAGACCCAGCACGGACCUCAAGUCUCGCGGACACAAUUUGAACGCGUCAUGAGCUACCUUCAUUCAGCCAGGACGGACGGUGCUAAAUUCCAUAUAGGCGGAGAGAAACAUGGCAUUGGAGAAGGGUUCUUCAUCCAGCCGACUGUCUUCACGGGGGAUAACCACAUGAAGGCAGUCAAGGAGGAGAUUUUCGGCCCCGUGGCUGCGCUGAUCAAGUUCAAGACUGAGGAAGAGGCGAUCGAGUUGGCCAACGACUCAUCCUACGGUCUAGCUGCGGCUGUUUUCUCAGAAAAUUCAAGUCGGGCUCUCCGAGUGUCUCACCAGUUGGAGUCUGGUACUGCCUACGUCAACUGUUACGGUAUCACAGAACCCGGCAUGCCGUUUGGAGGCUACAAGCAGUCUGGCAAUGGUAGGGAAUGUGGCGAGUAUGCCUUGAACAUGUACACAGAAGUCAAGGCUGUGCAUGUCAACAUCGGAAUGAAGAUCUAAGCGGAGAAAAUAUUCUUGUAAAGUAUGUACACUACCAGACUGUAUAUUUGAAAUCCAUCGACUGGACGGAAUCAGUGAGGUGUGGUGUAAGUAUCGUUAGUUUUUGAGUGGAGUAUUACUAUACUACCUAGUGAAUAUGCAAUACGUGAAUUACCUAGAUGUGUACAUCUCAAAUGACCAGCUUAAGCAGC